CAGGAUUAUCCCAAGGCACAGAAACUCCGUACUCCGGAAUCAAUUUGGAUAUAUACCCAAAACUGCAUCUUUUACUUACCUUCCAGAUAGCGUCUCGCACAUCUCGCCGGCGGUGAGACUCAGAUCGGUUGCGCCAUCCCGGGGCUGUUUUCAUAUCUGCAAUGUAUGCUACGCAUAGUAUAGGGAUGGCAGGGAAAUGUAGCGGGAGUAGAGGAAACGUGUAGCCAACGCUCACCUCACCUACCUCACUUUUUCUUAACCAGGCUCCUAAUUUUCUAUUCGAUUUCUCUCCUACAUUGCUGUAGUAGAAAAUUUAUUCCCCAACCUUUCGCUUCGCGAGCUUAAUUUUGCCGUCGAGCAAUAUUUAAUCAGGAAUUCGGUUCUUAAUUCCUUGAUUAUUUAUCUCUUUAUAUGUUUUUUCGUUCCUCUGAGUUCAUCUUUCCAGGUUUGGAUUGGUAGGGGAUGAGAUAUGGCUUUGAAGGCUGCGCCGAUCUUGGUUUACUGUGCCAAUAACAAGAAAACCGUUCCAUAUUCUCAGUUGUGCAUUCCGGAUUUCUCCCGUGGCCGGUCGCAUGAUCUCUUUCAUUCGAUUUACAGUGAUUGGAAAUGUCUGGGUCACAGGGCGAUUACUCCUGUGGAAGACGAGAUCCCCAUAGCUCCUGGUGCUGUUGAGGAUGUAGCACAGAUCAGUGUAGCGGGGGGUAGAGGAUUUCACAAGGAUUUGAACUCUCUCCCAAAACUCUUGUCGGCUGCCGACAUAACAUCUGCUUCACGUGAUGAUAAGAAUGUUCGGGUUGCGUAUCAGGGAUGUCCCGGGGCAUAUAGUGAGGUUGCUGCACUGAAAGCAUAUCCAAAUUGUGAGACUGUUCCCUGUGAACAGUUUGAGGCAGCAUUCAAGGCAGUUGAGUUGUGGUUGGUAGACAAAGCUGUACUUCCCAUUGAGAAUACGGUUGGUGGAAGCAUACAUCGUAAUUAUGACUUGCUUCUUCGCCAUAGGCUACACAUAGUUGGGGAAGUUCAGUUGAUUGUUAAUCACUGCCUUCUGGGAUUGCCUGGGGUUAGAAAGGAGGAGCUGAAUUGUGUGUUGAGCCAUCCACAGGCACUUGAACAAUGUGAAAUAACACUGAGUGAAUUGGGUGUGACGAAAGUCAAUGCUGAUGAUACUGCUACUGCUGCUCAGAUUGUAGCCUCAGAACGCGUGAGGGAGACUGCAGCAGUUGCUAGCUCUCGAGCUGCAGAAAUAUAUGGUCUUGAGAUUCUUGCUGAAAGAAUACAGGAUGAUCCUGACAACAUCACCCGUUUUCUGAUACUUGCAAGAGAACCUGUAAUCCCCAAAAUGGAUAGGCCAUAUAAGACUAGCAUUGUCUUCAGUCUGGAAGAGGGACCCGGGGUUCUGUUCAAGGCUUUAGCCGUGUUUGCGUUAAGAGACAUUAACUUGUCGAAGAUUGAGAGCAGGCCACAGAAAAGACGGCCUUUGAGGGUUGUCGACGGCUCUAAUAGAGGAAAUGCCACAUACUUCGAUUAUCUCUUUUACAUCGAUUUUGAGGCUUCUAUGGCAGACCCCCGUGCGCAGAACGCAAUGGGACACCUUCAGGAGUUUGUUAGGUUCCUCCGAGUCCUUGGUUGUUAUGCGAUGGAUCUCUCCAUCUGAAUCAGCCAGUUCUUGUGAAUCAUCAAAGAAUGGCUAUUCCUACCGGGUCUCCGACAUGACAUUGUAAUGAUGGAGGGAGGUCACAUAAAAUUAGAAUGGAUUCAUCGUUCAGGUUUGUUAGUUUUCAUUUGUUGUCUGGUUUUCUAGCGAAUUUAAUCAAUUCCCUAUAUAUGUUUGUUUGUUUCAUCGCCAUUAACUUUAGGGAAAUUACUUGGAACAGCGCCAUGACAUUGUAAUAAUGGAGGGAGGUGGAUUCUUGAAUUCAAUAAUAUUUUUAUUGGCUAUAGAGCCUAAAGAUUCUACAAUGAA